AUGGAAGAAAGUAGCAAAGCCACCGCAAUCCGUCAGCUGCAGGACGCGAAGCGCUCAUCGGGAAAAUCUUACAACCAGAUAGCAGAAGAGACUGGCCUCACUAACGUCUAUGUCGCUCAACUUCUCCGCCGUCAAGCACACCUUAAGCCUGAGACUGUCCCUAAGUUGAGGUCCGCCUUGCCUCAACUUACGGAUGAUCAUAUUCAGGAGAUGAUGCGGCCGCCGAUGAGGUCCUACGAUCCUUGUUUGAUCCAAGAACCCACAAUUUACAGAUUGAACGAAGCAGUUAUGCAUUUUGGCGAGAGUAUCAAGGAAAUUAUUAAUGAGGAGUUUGGCGAUGGAAUUAUGUCAGCUAUAGACUUCUACUGCUCAGUUGACAAGGUCAAGGGUGUUGAUGGGAAGGAUCGUGUUGUGAUAACGUUCGAUGGUAAAUAUUUGCCCUACACUGAGCAGAAGGUAGAGCACAUGGCUUCCAAACGACCGUCGCAGGAAAGUUAAACGAGAUUCUAAAGCUUGCAACACGGUUGCUGUAGGAAUCUGCUCUUUUUCCCCUUUGCAUAAUGAUUGCUUUACAUCUUUCAUCUGAAAAUCUUGUAUGAUUAAAUGUGAAGCUGCUUGUUUUGUGUAUGAAAGCCUUGUAUCCAUGUUCUUUUGGCUUCCAAGGAUUUGUAUGUGAUCGUGUCAUGGCCAAAGUUUGUCCUGGAUAAUUUUCAGGGCUGUUUGUGCUUAGUAAAUGACAUGUCUUCUAGUAUGUUUAUUUACGUUGGCAGCUCUAAAUUGAUUGUCUAUCAAGAUAUGGACAUGAAAUUGUCUCUUGUUACCAAGUCAAUGAAGUGUCUUUUAAUUGUUUAGAAA